CGCUAGCUCCAGAAAACGUGUCCGAAUACUUUCGCAAUUGUGUUCGAAAUAUUAGACGAUCGCGAUAAAUUUUGGUGAUGCAGAUGCAAUAUAGACGUUGCAGGCAUUAUUAAAAAACGAUCAACAAUGCGAUUGUGAAAUCAGUUCCGUCGAUGGAAGAGUUAGUUCAACAUCGCGCUGCAUUUCAGUAGUAUUAUAUCCAUAAAACUAAACAGCACGUUAACUGGCAAUGAUCGCUUCGUAAAGUACGGGAUAAGAAUUGUUAUGUGGAUUUAGCGACACGGACGGUGAAGUACAAUAAAGCUACAUGAGCAGUACGGCGUAGAACAAGAGAAACGUGAUCUUCAUUGCCUGAUAAUUUAUAUAACGAGAUACGAGAUUUUUGACCUGUGACGAAGCGUUAAAACGCAGUGAAAACAGUGCCGUGUUGAACGCUGUAAUUUUCUAUGCGAAAUCUUUAAUUCUGACAUUACUUCAAAGAGAACGUUUUAUUUAGCAAGGAAUAAUGAGGACUAAGAAACACAUCAACAACGCUCAACCGGCAACAGUAGACGAGCAUUUUCAACUGAUCUUGCAUGAUAGGGAAAUUAUUGACCAUGACUUAGAAAAAGUGACACCGGAUGAUCUACCUGAGUGGUUCGAUGAAAGGUUAUUCAAAAUAGGCCAGGAAUAUUAUAACGGAAAUUUACUAGGAUUUGCAGCUGCACUUGCGUCGGGCCUCAUAGUGAUAUUAGCCGUUCCAGACAUACUAGAGGUUCUUCUUUUCACCAGGCAAAAUGCCACGGUCAACUUGUCAUUUAAGCGAUUUUCCCAAACGCUGUUACUCAUGUAUGCACUCUUUCACUCGGACAUGCUCGACCCAAAUUCGAAAUGGUACAGUGCGCUGAACGCAAUUCGACAAAAACACGUGAAAGUCAGUAAAAAGCGUGUUCAGCAGAAUCUCCAUGGGAUAUACCAAAAGGACAUGGCGAUCACGCAAUUCGGUUUCUUAGGAUACGUCUUUGUGUGUCCCGAGAAAAUUGGACUGGCGUACGCUACUGAGGAGCAGAAAAUAGGUUUUAAUCAUUUUUGGCAAGUGACGGGUCACCUAUUGGGUGUAAGCGACAGGAUAAAUAUUUGUAGAAGAACGGUGGAGGAAACGACAGAACUGUGUAGAAGAAUUCAAAACGAAAUAUUGUCAAAAAAUUUAGAAAACCCGCAUCCGGAAUUUUUACGGAUGAUGACAAAUAUAACCCAUGGACUCUGGUACAUCGACCUCUCAGUGAAUGAGGACGCUGUUCUUUCUCUUGCAUACAAUCUAACGGGAGUAAAAUAUAUAAAGCCCAUUGGGUGGUACUCUUAUUUGAACCAAAAGAUUCGUGAAUUGAUAUUAUACUCAUGUAAUAUACCGUUCAUUGGUUGGGUGAUACGACAAAUAUUCAAUGUAAUACUAGUAGUGUCUUACUGGAUGCUAGAAUAUUGUCCACUGAUACCAAUGUUAGCAUUUGGGAGAAAAAAUACAAAACUUUGUCUGUAUUCAAACAAUUAAUAUUAUUGUAAUAUACAAGAUGUUCAUUAACAGAUGGGUUAUUAAGGAAAAUGUAAUUGGUUUUUUUGAGUUAAUUUGUAAAACUAAAAUAAGAUGACAAUCGAAAGUAAAUAAAUUGCGUUUUCGGCUUUGUUCUUUAA